CAGCGGCAGCAAAAACUGCAAGCAGGAUCUGGUCAUAGAGCUGCAGAGGAACGGAGUGAGCUUCGAUGUGAGAAAGCUCAACGUGGGAGAUUUCCUGUGGGUCGCUCGAGAAAAAGUCGCACCUAUUCCAGUGUUUUUGGCAGGAUGUACAGCUUCAUGGGAGGUGGGUUGUUCUGUGCCGGAAUCGGCAACAUACUCCUCAUCGUCUCCACGGCAACUGACUACUGGAUGCAGUACCGUCACUCCAGCAAUUACAUGCACCAGGGUCUGUGGCGGUACUGUGUGCCCGGGAAAUGCAUGGCUCACACUGACAGCAUUGCAUACUGGGACGCCACCCGUGCCUUCAUGAUUCUUUCCCUGCUGGCUUGUUUCAUUGGCAUUGUGAUCGGCGUCAUGGCCUUCAUCCACUACUCCUCCUUUGAUGGGUUUGACAAGACAUUUGCAGCCGGCAUUCUCUUCUUCAUCUCCUGCUUCUUUGUGUUGCUGGCCAUGGCUGUCUACACAGGAGUGACGGUGAACUUCUAUGGUAAACGCUAUGGCAGCUGGCGGUUCUCCUGGUCCUAUAUAAUGGGCUGGGUGGCAGUGGUGCUCACUUUCUUCUCGGGUAUCUUCUACAUGUGUGCCUACCGGAUGCACGAAUGCCCAAGAAACUCUAAUUCGCGCUAACCUGCCAAUGACUUCCACACACAAAAGCACUGGUCUAUAAUGUAUGACCAAGAGGAACCAAUACUCACAUGAACUCAACUUCUACCUGAAUAAGCAAAAUAAAAUUAGGGA